GUAGCACUCCUCUGCGGUCCUUCCAGUCGCACAAUGGCUUUCUCGCUCUCGCUCAUCGUGCUGGCGGCGCUCGCGGUCACCGUCUCGGCUGCUCCCACUAGCACAGACACGGUGCUUUGUCCCGAUGGCACUCGCGUGUCGCACAGCACCUGCUGCGCUUUCAUCCCUGUCGCACAGGAUCUCCAAGCGAACAUUUUCCAGAACCUCUGCGGUGAAGAUGCGCACGAGGCUCUCCGUCUCACCUUCCGUACGCAUCGACUUGUUCUUACUCAUCCUGCACGUUUCUUAUAAGUUUCUUUGCCAGACGAUGCGAUUGCGAUCAGUCAGUCUCAGGGACCUACCGCCGGAGGCGGAGCCGACGGCAGCAUGCUCCUGUUCCCAACAAUCGAACCCAACUUUGAGGCAAACAACGGUAUCGACGACAGCGUGAACAAUCUGCUCCCGAUCCUUGCCCGCCACAAUGUCUCCGCGGGAGAUCUCAUCCAGUUCGCUGGUGCAGUGGCUGUCUCGAACUGCCCGGUAUGUAAAAAGCAUGAUCUCGACAAUCGCUCAUUUGAUCGCAGGGUGCGCCCCGGCUCGAGUUCCUGGCCGGACGGAAGGAUGCCGUGGCUCCUGCCGUAGAUGGGCUCAUUCCGGUACAUUUCCCUUCCGUGUGCAGUCCACCAGAGACACUCAUCAGCUCGGCCGCAGGAACCCUCCGACUCGGUGGACAAGAUCUUGGCCCGCUUCGCCGACGCGGGCAACUUCAGCCCCUUCGAAGUCAUCUCGCUCCUCGCCAGCCACACCGUAGCACGCGCGGACCACGUCGAUCCGACCUUGGAUGCGGCCCCCUUCGACUCGACACCCUUCACUUUCGACACACAGAUCUUCCUCGAAGUCCUGCUCAAGGGCACCGGCUUCCCCGGCCUGGGCAACAACAGCGGCGAGGUCGCGUCUCCCCUCCCGAUCCACAGCGGAAACGACACCGGCGAGCUGCGUCUCCAGUCCGACUUCGCUCUCGCCCGCGACCCUCGCACCGCCUGCUUCUGGCAGGGCUUCGUCAGUGAGCACCCCCAUAUCAGCCGAGUGUCCAGAACAGAGCUGACUGCCUUCGACCGCCAGAUGAGCAGGAGUUCAUGUCGGAAAGCUUCAAGCUCGCGAUGGGCAAACUGGCUGUCCUCGGAUCCCGCCGUGAGCAGCUGAUCGACUGCUCCAGCGUCGUACCCGUCCCGAAACCCGCCGUCGGAAAGCCUGCAAGCUUCCCCGCGACGAAGAGCGCCAAGGACCUCCAGCUGGCCCAAUGCGCCGCCCCCUUCCCGUCGCUGACCACCGACGCGGGCCCUGUUGAGACUUUGAUCCCGCACUGCUCCAAUGGCGGCCAGGACUGCCCUUCCGUCCAGUUUGCCGGUCCGGCCUGAGCGGCGUACUGUAACAUUCCUUAUCCAAUGUCUCUGUCUUGAUAGAAUCUAUUCGACUGUACCUUUUGACGCGACCAGUUCAUCUCUGAGUGACUGAACCCUCGAGCUUCUCGUUGCCGCCCACACGGAAGUAUCGCCACCGUCUGUCACGGGAAGCACGAGGACGAGAGCACGAUAGAAUGAUUGACGACGCCCUGGAUGCACCGCGUGCGAAGUAUAUGCCAGGCAUGGAAUCCAUGCUCCAGAGGGCAUCGCGUGCGAUGCUUGCGCAGUCCUUGGCAAGCGUCAUGGUGCGAACGAGAAGAGUGUCUCGGUGUGGGAUUGCCUUUCCGGAUCCAGUGUCGGUAAGAAAGGACGUGGUCUAGCUGGCGGACCCAUGCGGCGACACAGCCGUCCACGAAUGAUCCACGCAUGGCUUGUCUUGCUCAGUGUAGCACGCGAAAGCUGGGAAUGCCGCAUUCUCUGGGAUUCAGAGCGAGAGGAUUCCAUAAAACUGACUCAGUGCGCGCCAGUAUGGACCGCGGUGCGUGGCUGGACGUAAAGAAGGAUGUGUCGCUCGUAGAGUUGAGGGGUCGCGAAAAACACUGCAGAGGCCUUUGGUCACGCUCAAAGACAGUCUACGCAUCUGAGGGCCAGGAUAAGAAGAGGUGAAUCAUAGCGCUGGAUGACGUGGGAGACGUGGGCGUACCAGGAUACCCCCUUUCUUGAGCUCGCACCGGAAACCCAUCGAGUCCGUCUGUAUCUCUGCAUUUUUAGCAACCGUUUGACGUGCGGGGAUCGAAAAGUUCCGACGGCCUGGGCCUGCUUCAUUGGUGGCGGGAAGUUGUCGGGCUCUCUUCGAGGUGAGCCGCGUGUGAAGAUGAGGCCGAAACAGUGCGCGGCUAGCUUUCCAGCUGAGGUCGUGCUUGACAUGGGCGAGCAUUCGCAUGCCGAAGAUCCCGUCGGCCAACAUCGGCGAAAGUGGUCUGGUGGUAAGGAUUGAAAGGUUCCGUCAUUCAGUCACGGCGUGAUACUCAAUCCAAGUACGCGAGUACCUGGCCGCUCGAUGCCGCCACCCACGACUGUCGAUGAGCCCGUAACAGCAAUGGACACGGAGAAGAUUCACCGACGUGUUUGAGAGUCGUAUGAGCUGUCUGGUAUCCCGAGUGAGCGGCCAUAUCCUCAGUGUGUGGCGAUUUGCACCCGGUGAAGGCUAACAGCUUCUUCGACAACACAUGUACCGUAAUCGUCUCCCAUGGCAAUUUAUCGGAGUCAUGCUCAAUGCCUGCCCUGCAUUUUCACCCACUGGCAGAUGCGGCAUGCGGGUUCCCACUCUGGACGGACGGGGGCCUCGGGAAACGCAGAGCCGGAGCGGCAUUCCCUCACUAUCGAUCUAAAAAUGACUUCCUGCGCGAAAAGGUUUCGCCUUCUCAUGUCACUCGCGAAACCGUAUACGGAGUGGCGCAACUCUCCUCGACUUCGGCUUGAUACGGUCCGCGGGUAUAUAUAACAUGCAGGAAUCCGAAGGCAUGGGUGUUAGUGAAAGCCCGUCCUUUCGCUGCCUGCAUUCCUGCACUCCAGCCGCCUGGAGCUCGCUACUUCCGAUGGCAGAGAAGGAAAUCAACGAGAAGGACUCUGUCCGCUCCAGCUCACUCGGCGAGAAGGGCGGGGUCCUAGCCGACAUUGAGGUUCUGGCGACUGAGAUCCAAGCUGUCCCAGAUGAUAUCCUUGAGGCUUCAGAGUAUGCCAAGACGAUGAGCGCUGAGGAGAUCGAGGAGACCAUCAAGCUCAUUGUGAAAGAGCAUGGGGAUGAUCCUAACUUCCCCCGCACAGUGAUCGAGGCUGCCAACCGCUACUUGUACGACCCCGAGCUGAGACAAGAUCCCGUCGAGUUUCAGCGCGUCUACGAAGAGCUCAAGGUCGAAGCUGCGAUGAUGAACGUGAACUCGGCGUACGCGGAAGUGCGCGCGGUGGUAUCAAACAAAGACGACCCCACUACCCCCGUCUUGACGUUCCGGACCUGGGUCAUCGGGACCAUCUUUGUCGGCGCAGGCGGCUUCAUCAAUCAGUUUUUCAGCAUUCGCUUCCCUGGUAUCAGUGUCGGAUCCAACGUGGCACAGGUUCUGGCGUACCCGUUUGCGAAACUGCUUGAGCUCCUCCCUGCGAGAGAGUUCACGACUUUUGGGUAUACUUGGACUUUGAACCCCGGACCUUUCAACCCGAAGGAGCACAUGAUAAUCACCAUUAUGGCCAAUGUCGGAUUCAGCACGCCAUACACGUAUGUCCCCAGUCUGGUGAAAUUCGUCCCCUCCCACUCAUCAUUCUGCGCAUCAGCACGAGCAUCAUAUGGGUCCAGUAUCUGCCUCUGUAUUUCAAUCAGUCAUGGGCGACUAAUUUUGGAUAUCAAAGUGAGGCGCAUGAUGGCUGUGCAAAAGACCUCGCUCAUUCGCACCGCAGUCCUGACGGCGCUUUCGACGAACCUGAUUGGUUACGGUCUCGCGGGGCUCACUCGGCGUUUCUUGGUGUAUCCAGCUUCGGCCGUGUGGUACAACAAUCUCUCGAUCAUUGCCCUCAACAGAGCGUUCCACCACGAGAAGGCGACCGUUGCCAAUGGCUGGAGCAUGACCCGUAUGCGCUGGUUCUUGUACUGCUUCGGGAGCAUGUUUGUUUACUUCUGGUUCCCCGACUACAUCUUCCAAGCGCUGUCCUACUUCAAUUGGAUCACGUGGAUCGCCCCGAACAAUGUGCAUCUCGCUGCGAUCACCGGCUCCGUGUCGGGCCUGGGCCUCAAUCCCAUUCCGACUUUCGACUGGAACCAGCUCACCUACUUCCUCGACCCGCUGAUCAAUCCUUUUUACGUGAGCUUUCCUCGUAAUGCCCGCCAGUUGGAACUGAUCGUGAUUUGCUCAGACCACAAUGAAUGUGAGCUUUUGGCAGGUGUGCUUAUGACGACUAACAUCACAAUUGAUUUGUGCAAAAGACUUUCGUUGGGGUGGACUAUGAUCACAUUUCCCGUCAUUGUUGCGAUCUGGUACACCAACACCUGGAACACCGGUUAUCUACCGAUCAACUCCAAUCGCGUGUUUGACAACACUGGAAACUUUUACAACGUUAGUCGAGCUGUAGGCCCUGACACAUUGUUCGACGCGCAGCUCUACGACAACUACUCGCCGGCCUACCUCGCUGCGGCGAACAUCAUCAUCUACGGUGUCUUUUUCGCCGUUUAUACCGCGACGCUCUCACAUGCGAUCUUGUACCAUCGCCGGGACAUGUUGCACGGAUUCAAGAGUAUCCUGAGCUUCGGCCGAAAGACGUCUGAUAUGCACAGGGAUGUUCAUGUCAGGCUGAUGGAGCAAUACAAAGAAGUCGGAGAGUGGCAGUAUUUCAUGAUCUUGGUCGCGGCUAUCGGCCUCGGAGCAGCCGGAGUUGGUGCAUACGCCACCGAAACCUCCCCUGCUGUUGUUCUCUACGGCGUUUUUCUGGCGGCCAUCUUCGUCAUUCCCAUCGGAAUCAUUUACUCGAUCACCAACGUUCAGAUCACGCUAAACGUGCUAGCCGAGCUCUUUGGCGGUCUUUGGUUCCCCGGAAACGCAGUGGCCAUGAAUUACUUCAAAUCUUACGGUUACGUCACCACCGCCCACACGCUCAACUUUGCGCAAGAUCUCAAACUGGCCCAUUACAUGCACAUUCCCCCGGUGGCGACAUUCUGGGCCCAGAUCUAUGCGACGGUCGUCUCCUCCUUCAUCUGCACAGCGAUCCUGAACUUCCAGAUGACGAAGAUUCCGGACGUGUGCACGCCGCACCAGGUCGACCACUUCAUCUGCCCAGGAAUCAACACAUUCUUCACUGCCAGCGUACUCUGGGGCACUCUGGGCCCGAAACGGAUGUUCGGUCAAGGCGGCAUCUACAACAGCCUGUUGUACUGUUUCCUCAUCGGUGCUGCUCUGCCCAUUCCAUUCUACUUCCUCCGCAAACGCUUCCGCUCUCUCGAACACGUCCAUCUGCCGGUCAUCAUCUACGGCGGACUCAUCUGGGCCCCGGGGAGCAUCGCGAACAUCUGGCCGGCUGUUCCCGUCGCGUGGCUGUUCAAUGUGUUCAUCAAGAAACGGUACCUCGCAUGGUGGGGCAAGUACAACUACAUCACGACUACGGCGUUCUCCGCUGCGAUCGCCAUCUCCGCCAUCGUCAUCUUCUUUGCCGUCCAAUGGCCGAAUGUGGUGAUCGAUUGGUCGGGAAAUAACAGGCCGUUCGAGGGUUGCGACGCGAAUGGAUGCACGCGUCUCACGGUUCCUGUCAAUGGGACAUUUGGACCGGCCGUCGGCGAGUUCCACUAGUCACACGUGCCCUCGAUUAAUGAGCUUUUCACGAAUGGAUCUUUGGGAUACUACAACGGAUAUAUGAUUCGAACUUGUGACUGUAAAUGAUGAAAUCGAAGGGAAAGUUUAUCCGCGGCGUUCGCUGCUAUGAGCGUGAGGCCGGAUGGCUGUCGGAUCCUGACCUGGCGCGACUGAUGGCUGGGAUAGGCUUAUGGAUUGGGCCAAUAGAACGCAAGGUGCGGAAAGAAGAUCUUGAAGUGGCACAAACCCAUCAAGAGAUAAAGAAAACGAUGCAUUGCCUGUCUGCGAUUUCGGAGAUGUAUAUUGUUUGAAGGGAUUCGAGCGACAUAUGGUUGCUUACAGAACGAGUAGUCUGCUCUGCUCGGUUUAGAUGAACGUUUCCUGAAGAUAUUGUGCGUGGUGAUAA